AUGCGUUCAUCAACUUUGUUCUUUGCUGGCCUUGUGGCUGUAGCACAUGCCCAGAUUAGCGCCGACAUCAUCGCCGAAAUCCCUUCUUGCGCAACUGGUCCUCUGGUCUCUGGAAUCUCUGCCUCGGGCUGUCAGGUCACAGACACGACUUGUAUCUGCAGCAACCAGACGCUCAUGACCAACCUUGAGGCAGCUGUCAAGGCACAGUGCAGUGCAGCCGAUCUAGCCAAGGCUCUGGCAGUGACAUCCCAGAUCUGUCCUCAAGCCGCCGCACCAGCAGCUGCUGCCGCCUCCUCAGCCUCUGAGGCUGCAACUUCUGCCGCCGCAGCUGCUUCUUCUGUCUCUUCGCUUGCGGCAACUGCUGGUAUUACUACUGAUGCAGCUAGCCCUGUGACCACUGCACCUUCAAUGGGCACCGGCAGUGCAAUGAUCAACUAUACCGCCACAACUGGCGAUUACACUGCUCCUUCAGCACCCACAGUAACACCUAGCACCGGCGAUGCUGCUCAGACUUUCGGUCUUGGGUCUAUGGUUAUGGGGAUUGGUGCUUUGGGUAUGUUUUUCGCUGGUCUGUAA